AUGGACAUUCUGGCCUCCUCCUGCCUACAGGACCAGCGGGCCGUCUUUCUCACACACUGCGGCCCCGCGGUCUUCAAAAUGGCAAAAGCCCUUGCCAAGCCGCUCGAUGUGAAGAUCAUGGACUGGGACGAUCUCGAACCCCUGCUGAGGAGCCACUAUGCACCCGCUGUGCCCACCCUCAUUCGUCGGCACGAAUUCUAUCGCCGCGACCAGAAGCAGGGUGAGAGCGUCAGUAAAUUUGUGGCAGAGCUCAGGGACCUCGGAGGGCUAUGCGGGUUUACCGAUCUAGACGAGGCCCUGAGGAAGGUCCACGUGGAGGUCGAGAUCGAGGACCGCCCCUGCAAAAUGGAAGUCGACUCCGGGUCGUACCUGUCCAUGGUCGCGUGGCGGGAAAUUAAGCGACUAGUACCUUCCAUGAAGCGGCACGAGCUGGAGAGCCAAACGCUCGUCCUUAAAGAUUACCAGGGGAAUCGCAUCCCCGUGGUGGGGACCGGGCACUUCAAGGUCACCUUUAAAGGGCGCACCGAGAUACUCCCGCUAACAGUCGUCGAGCGAGACCGCCCCAGCCUAUUGGGACUACAAUGGUUCGCGCCGCUGGGACUAGAAGUGACCGGCACCAACCACGUCGCCGAGGCGGACUGGGAGGAACAGCUCGUGCGCGACUUCCAGGAGGUUUUCGACGGGAAUCUAGGCAAGUACCGGGGCCCCCCAAUAUCGUUCAGCCUAGACCCCACCAUUGCACCCAUCCGCCUCAAACCCAGGCGAGUACCUUUCGCCCUCCGCCCCAAAAUCGAUGAGCAAUUAAACAAGCUCAUCGAACAGGGAGUCCUCGAGGCCACAGACCAUGCCCGAUGGGAGACCCCCAUAGUCACCCCGAUAAAGCCAGACGGGUCGGUGAGAAUCUGCGGGGACUAUAAGGCCACCCUAAACCGCGCGCUACAACAAAGCGCCUACCCCGUCCCAGUAGUACAACACCUCUUGCACUCACUGGGAGGGGGCAGGGUCUUCGCCAAGCUCGACCUGGCACAAGCCUAUCAGCAAUUGCCGGUAGACGAGGAAACUGCGGAAGCACAGACAAUAGUCACACACCGGGGGGCCUUCCGCUGCAAGAGGCUGCAAUUCGGAGUCAGCGUAGCCCCGGGCGUAUUUCAAAGCUUAAUGGAAAGACUCCUCCGGGGCAUAAAAGGGGUGGUGCCGUACUUUGACGAUGUGUUGGUAGCCGGGGCUGAUCAGAAACAAUUAGAGGACCGCCUACGGGAAGUACUGAGGAGAUUCCAAAACGCGGGGCUCAAGGUUAAGAGAGAAAAGUGCCAACUGCACACAACACGGGUCGAGUUCCUAGGGUAUUUACUAGAUCAGCAGGGGAUCCACCCCACCGAGGGCAAAAUAAAAGCCAUUAAAGAAGCCCCGAAGCUGCUCGACAAGGCAGCCACCUGGACGUGGGGGAGACGAGAAGAGGACGCUUUCAACAGAACCAAGGACCUUCUCACAUCAGACACUGUCCUCAUCCAGUACAGCGAGACACUCCCCAUCACGGUAACGUGCGACGCAUCCCCCUUCGGAGUAGGAGCCAUCCUCAGCCACACCCUCGCCGACGGAAAAGAAGCGCCCAUCGCUUUUUUCUCGAGGACCCUCUCAAAACCCGAACGAAACUACAGCCAAUUGGAUAAGGAGGCUCUGGCCAUCGUCGCGGCCGUAAAGAAAUUCCACGAAUACCUUUACGGCAGGACCUUCACCAUAAUCACGGACCACAAACCACUGCUGGGAAUACUGGCAGGAGACCGGGCCACACCAAUCAUCCUCUCCCCAAGAAUGACAAGGUGGUCCGAAUUUCUUGCCGCCUAUAAUUACCGGCUAAUCCACCGCCCCGGCAAAACAAUUCCGCACGCAGACGCCCUCAGCUGGCCGGAAAAAGAGGAAGACAGCGAGUUCAAAGCUUACCGGAGCCGACAAACAGAGCUGUCAACACAAAAAGGUUGUUUAUUGUGGGGGGACAGGGUCGUAAUCCCGGAAAAAUUACAAAAAAAAGUCCUAAGCAUGCUGCACGAAGGGCACCCAGGCAUCGUUAGGACAAAAGCCCUGGCCAGAAGCCACGCCUGGUGGCCAGGGAUGGACAAGGAGAUCGAAGCCUGGGUAGCCUCCUGCAAACAGUGCCAGGAAUCAAGACCAAACCCCCCCGCCGCCCCAAGCAGAGAAUGGGAAACCCCCAGGGGGCCAUGGUCCCGAAUCCACGUAGAUUUCGCGGGACCAACCAGAGGACACACCUUCCUGGUAACCGUAGACGCUUACUCAAACUGGCUGGAGGUAAGCAACAUGAAGACGACCACCACAGACUCCGUCAUCAGAGAACUCAGCAAACUCUUCGCAACCCACGGCCUCCCAGAUGUCAUCGUAUCGGACAACGGCCCCCAGUUCACCGCACUACCGUUCGAGAAAUUCCUAGCAGAACGAGGAAUCCGACAUGCAUUAACAGCACCGGCGCACCCGGCGGCGAAUGGUAGGGCGGAG